AUGUCUGGCCGGGCAAAGAAGGCUGCACCCAAACCAAAAUCUGCAGUUUCCCGGUCUUCCAGAGCUGGAAUUACUUUCCCAGUGGGCCGCAUUCACAGGUUGCUCAGGAAAGGCAACUACGCUCAGCGGAUUGGAGUUGGUGCCUCUGUGUACAUGUCGUCUGUCCUGGAGUAUCUCUGUGCUGAAAUCCUGGAGCUGGCGGGAAACGCCAGCCGUGACAACAAGAAGUCACGCAUUGCUCCCCGGCACAUCUUGCUGGCAGUGAAAAAUGAUGACGAACUCAACAAGCUGCUGGCAGGGGUCACAUUCUCAGAUGGUGGUGUGAUCCCAAAUAUCCAGGCAAGCCUCCUGCCGAAGAAGACAAAAACACCAAAGGAUGACAACUCUGCUAAAGAUGUCCAGUCACAAGAGUUUUAA